AUGGAUAAAGAGUUCGCUAAAACUUACUUACAAUUGAUUUCUCUUGACGAGAAAGUCAAUGAUUUCAAUACCAUUCAAUCUUAUUCGUCUAUAGAUUCAUUGGGUCCAAGUUUACCUCAAUUUAAAUUUGCUUUGCCAAUCAUUGAAGAUGCUGAAUCAGAUGUUAAAAAAGUAACUGUCACAUUGAAAUCCAUAAAGCCUCCUAAAUUUUCAGUUUCAUUAGAUUUCCCUGAUUCUGAUACUAUCUACAAGGUCAAAACUACAUUGAUCGAAAAGGAAGGAUUGGCCGUUGAAGCUGCUGAUAUAAAAUUUUUGGUCAAAGGUAAAGUAGUUCAAGAUGCUGCUGUAUUAAGUGAAUUAGAUAAUUUAUCCUUUAUGUGUAUGAUAGCUAAAACCAAAAUGGACAGUCCAGCUCCUGAAACUCCUAAAGAAACCGAAAAGCAUAAAAUCGAUUACGUCUCACCAGAAGCUUGGGACAAGAUAUUAGAGGUUUUGAUUAAAGACGGUAACUCCGAUAAUGCAGCUAAUGAUAUUUUAUUAAGAUUUAAAUCCAGUAUUUAG